GGGCCGGCGGCCACUCGGUGCUCAGCCUCCGCUCUGGGACCAGCCCAGCCCCGGGACCGCCGCCACCGCCGCUCCGGCCACGAUGCUCGGGAUCUGGGUUCGGCUCAGUUUGUUGAGUGUCUGUGUGGCGCUCGCUGGAUGUUCGCCCAAGUUCGAACCACUCUCCGAGGUGGAGCAUCAUGAAAUCGUGAGACCCCUUCGCGUGGACUUCACGCCGAGGAGCGAGCAUCUGCCCCAUUCCGAGGCUGCCUAUCCAGAAAGGGUCAGUUAUUCUGUACGUCUGCAAGGGAAUGAGUUGAUUCUUCAGCUGGAAAAGAAUGGGGAGCUGCUGGUCAAACAUUAUUCAGAAACACAUUACACAGAGAAUGGGACAGAAGUGGUACAUUCACCACAGCUCGAGGGUCAUUGUUAUUACCAUGGAGUUGUCAAAGGCAUCGCUGAUUCCUCGGUCAGUGUCAGCACCUGCACAGGGCUCAGGGGGAUUCUCACAGUCGGCUCUGAUGUUUACCUGAUCGAACCACUGGAAGGAUCUCGGGCGGGGGACCACGCGGUAUAUCGACAGGAGCACCUGAGGGUGAAACGCGGCUCCUGCAGCGCACAGAACGUCACGCUUUAUGACAAUGGACCCAAAAUGGCAGCUCUUUAUCAACCUCCCGGCAGGAGAUCAAUGCAUAUUUUGCAAGAUACCAGAUAUGUGGAGCUCUUCCUGGUAGUGGACAACACUGAGUAUCGAAAAUUCAACCAAGAGCUUCAAACAAUACGGCAGCGUAUGAUGGAAAUAGUGAAUCACGUGGACAAGUUGUACAGAUCACUCAAUAUCCGUGUGGCUUUGGUAGGCUUGGAAGUGUGGACGCAUUCAGACAAAAUCGUUGUCAGCUCCAAUCCUGACACCACUCUGGAUAAUUUCCUUAAGUGGCGCAGAGAAGUGUUGCUAUUAAAGAAGAAACACGAUAAUGCCCAGCUAGUCACAGGGAAAAGCUUUGAAGGAACAACAGUUGGACUGGCGACUAAAUCUGCCAUGUGCUCCUAUCAGUCUGGUGGAGUGAACGAGGACCACAACAGGAACCCAAUUGGAUUGGCUUCAACGAUCGCCCAUGAGAUGGGUCACAACCUGGGCAUGUCUCACGAUGAAGACCACGAUACGUACUGUAGCUGCGCUACAUUAAAGGACAAUGGCGGAUGCAUUAUGGCAAAGAAGACAGGGAUUGUGUUUCCAAAAAGCUUCAGCAGCUGCAGUCACCGGGAAUUACAGAUGUUCCUGGCCACACAAAUGACAAACUGUCUGUUGAACAGUCCCAGAGCUGACGAACUAUAUGGAAGCCCAAAGUGUGGGAACCAGUUCCUGGAGCGUGGGGAGGAGUGUGACUGUGGCACCGUCCAGGAAUGUACCAACCCUUGUUGUAAUGCUACAACCUGCAAACUCAAUGAGGGAGUGGAGUGUUCAGAUGGAGGAUGCUGCAAGAAUUGCAAGAUCCAGCCAGCAGGGCAAUCGUGUAGGGUCGCACAUCACGACUGCGAUCUGACAGACUACUGUGAUGGGCAGAGCAGCCAGUGCCCAGAAGAUGCCUUCAAAAUGAAUGGUUCUCCCUGCAGGAACGGGGAAGGCUACUGCUACAAUGGGCAGUGUCCCACCCAUCGACAGCAGUGCACCAUUCUAUGGGGACCAGAUGCGACAGUGGCCCCCGAUCAGUGCUUCCAGCAGAACGUGAGAGGAAACAAAUACCUUCAUUGCAGAACAACUAAGUACGGCCAUGAACCCUGCCAGGCAAGAGAUAUCAAAUGCGGGAAGAUGCAUUGUGUCGGAGGGAACAAGUUUCCAGUUACACAAGCAAAGUAUGAACUGCAACUAUUUCACAACAUAUUCUGUAAGAUUGCAACACUGAGUGAACAAAGUGAAGAAACGUCUGACCCUGGACUCGUACUCCCAGGAACAAAAUGUGGCAAUGAGAUGGUCUGCUACAAUGGUCGAUGCCAGAGUCUCCUCCUUUAUGGGUCAAGGAACUGUUCCAGCAAAUGCAACAACCAUGGGGUUUGCAAUCACAAGGGAGAAUGUCACUGUGAUCCAGGCUGGGUAAAGCCAUUUUGUGCUACACGGACGGCUGGUUCAGCAGUAAGAGAGAAUGCCAUAAACAUCAUUCUCGCCGUGCUUCUGCCUUUCAUCAUUUUGCUUAUCCUAAUAAGCAUGGGACUUCUAUAUUACAAAGGUUGCUUAAUGGAAAAAUACACAAAAAAGUUACCAAUAAAAUCCAGUUCGUGUGGUUUGUCAAAUCCAAUGUUUGUAGAUGGAAAGGACAGAACCAACUCUAAAGUCAGGUACCCUAGCAACAGGAGUGUACAUCUAAAACACUCGUUGCUUGCUGCCUCGAAGGAAGACCAGCGAUUGCAGAUUACAGUAAUACCCAGCCGUCCAGCACCUCUGCCUCCAAAACCAGAUCCAGUCAAGACCCUAUCUCCAAACACUACAGCAAAGUCCUUGCAGCACCGAAUGGUAAAACCGAGUACACCUCCUCCAGUCCCACCUUCCAAACCAGUUCCAACUAAACAGGCAUCGGUCCGGCCACCUCCACCCCCAUCUAAACCACUGCCAGAACUCAAAACUAAACCAGUGGUAAAGCCCAUGGCUCGGCCUCCACUACCUCCAGCCAAACCAGGCUUUCCAGUCGCAUCCUCCAAACCUACACCGGUUGGUUUCAAGCCAAAAGUUGCCUUAAAGCCACCAAAUCAGCACAGAUGAAGAGGAAGUGUGUAGCAACAUCACUGCACUACAGAGGCACAGCUGUGGAGCCAUCUUCCUACUGUUCUGUCUGGAAGAAGAUAAAAAUAUCUUUGGUUUCUUGUCAUAUUGGCUUAUACAGUAAUCAGUGGGAUGACAAAAACACUCUAUACAAAAAAAAUGUUGGCUAGUUUGAAAUAACAAAACAAUAUCUCCAUGGAUGCUGCUUUCAUUGUACUGUAGCUUUGGUACUUACUAAGGCCAUCUUUCCUGUUUUUUAAUUAUAUAAAUUAAAAUGAUUCUGCUGCAAACAGUGACAGGAUGCAGUUUGUGAAGUGACCCUUCUGCUAAGACAAAUUACUUUGGCGGUGGAGGGGGGGAGAAAAUGACAAAAAUUGAAUAAAAUAUUACAUUUGUGUUUCUUGAUUUAAUCUUACAGAAAGUUUUAAGCUUGUAUAUGAAUGAUGAAGCACAUUCUCCAGAUUUUUCCCUGGAUUUUUCUUGAGUAAUGUUGUAUUUAAUUGCAUCAUUGAAUUGGAAUUGAUCCAACUGAGAGGCAGUCUCACACAUCCUAUUGACUGAGGCUGGUUUCAGAUGAGAGAACAGUUUAAGGAAAAGGCUGAUUGGACUUAGUGGGCCCCACACCCAUUUUUCUAUCCAAUACUAUGUAAUGGUUCAAUGAAAUUGGCAAUAACUGUAGCAUGUUGCUGGAGGGUAACCAGAUGCUAGGACUAAUGAUCCAAGACGUGAGUUCAAGUAAAAUCUAAAUUUAAAUAAAAGCUAGACUUAGGGACCAUGAAACUGCUGGUUAUCAUAAGAAUAGACUCACUGAUGUUCCUCGGCAAAGGAAAUCUGUCCUGGUUUGAGAUAAAUGGACUAAACUGACUCUGGUUAACUCUUCACGAAGGUGGCUUGGCAAGACUGGGAAACUAUGAUCAAUAAAUGCUUUUAUUGUCAGUGUCACCCAUAUCCUGAGGAUAAAUACAAAAAAAAUCAAUGCUCUACAUCACAAUUAGAACCUGUCCAUUUCAAAGUAUAGCCUUGCUUUGGAACUCUUUUACCCAUGAAUUAGUAUUAAAUGGUCCAUGAUUUGCAUUGCCCUACAGAGCUUUCAGAACCUUCAUCUAUGUUAUACCUCACAUUAAAGUUGUCCCAUUACAUUUAAAAAUAGUAAUUGGACAAUUAUUAUAAGGAUGUGCAUGAAUUGUUCUGCUCACCUUGGUUUGAUUUGCAUAUAUUUGAUUACUGGAUUUGGAUUAAAAGUCCAAGACUACAAGUGAAGUAAGGAGUAAAUACAGAGAGGACUUGGCCAGAAGUUGGAGUUCUUCACCUGGCAACAUUGUGCAGAUCAAUCCUGACAAAUGCAUUAACUAGAAAAUGUUUGCUCGGUUAAGUCACAAAUAUCUUUUAUUCCUAUGUUAGCUAUCAGCUCUUCUGUCUGUUCCUCUAUAAGGAACAAAUAUUUUCUCUGCUUUUGCCAACAUUUUUUGAAAGAUGAAUGGUUAGAAUAAAAAUUGCUGUCUGUCAUGGUUCUGAUUUCUAGGUUGGAAUUCACAAUUAAGCACACAAACUACAAAAAUGUGACAUUCAACAAAAAUUUCAGGUGAAGAGUAAAUCUUCAAUGCAAAAGCCAUUAAUUGAAGUUGCACAUGAACUUGGUUAUUAAUUUAAAUGUGGUUUACAGCAAAGAAAUGUUAUUUCUGAAUUGAAGUAGUGUUUUCUUUGGCUAGUUAAUGAGGUACGUGGAAAUCUGAGUUUUCUCAGAUCCUUAUCCCUUUUAAAAGGUGAUGGUGGGUACGAGGAGCUUUGUAUAAAUAAACAGUUUUAAUUUGAAUUGCUUCAGAUACUUUUUGUAAGUUAGAUAUUCAAAUGAGAAUACUAUCGGGGUGGGGUGGGGGGGGGGGUGGUUUGAACAAUAUUAUUGGCCAUAUUUGUGGAAAGUUCCUGUUGCAUAAAUUGUCAUUUUUAACUCUACUACCAUUUUAAUUGACGCCGAACACUCCUGAUUUUGUUCUGCAAGAUUAAUCAGACUCUAUCACCAUUUGGUGAAUCGUGACAUGUUUACUCUAUUUUUGGUAUCUGAUUUGAAAUCAAUUGUGCCUAAUUCUACGGAUAUGUCCAUAAAUUGUAUGCACUUUUUCAGCUGGCCUGAACAAUUAUGUGUGAGUGUGAAAUGGGUUAUUUAUUUUCUUUUUAGCAAAUAAAUUUGUAUUUUAUUGCAAUAAGGU